UCUGUCUCUCAGUGCAUGACUGGACGUUGUGGUGGGAGGAUGCUUCUCGUCUCUCGUUAAACUAACACACACGUGUGACAUCUUAACAACAUUAUCAUUGCUUUUGGUCACCUGUGAAGUAUAUCAAUGGUAAAACAAGAGAAAAUGUCACGCAAUUUGUAGUAAAGUGAUCCGGAAAUAAGAGAAGUGAAGUAAUAUGCCAAGGUCGGUAACGUGGACGUUGUUGGUGGUGAGUGGGUUCUUAUGUUGUUCCAUCACAGCUGACGAACCAAAGUUCAAGUGCCCUACGACAGCGCCGUAUUACUACCCGUGCUUUUGUGUGCGGGGAGGCGAGGAGGGCCUCUACCUGCGCUGCGAGAACACCAACCUCGCCUCCAUUUCGGUAGGACUGGCCAACGUCAGGUUCCCCAUCGAGGAACUACGCCUUUACAAGUGCAACUUUAAGAAGCUCUACGGCGAUGUGUUCAAGUCCUUGCUGCUACACAAGCUGGUGCUGGAGGACACGAUGGUGUCGGAGGUGGACGCCAGGGUGUUCCAGCCUGUGGCCGACACCCUGACAGGCCUGCACUUCCUCCAGGCGCCCCUACAGGCCCUCCCCAAGGCGGCCUUCGACCCCCUUAAGAAGCUGAAGACGCUGGAGAUGGUGGGGGCCAACCUGACGCGUCUGCCAGCUUCCGUGUUCACCAGUCUCACUAGUCUGGAGACUCUUCAACUCAACCACUGUGCUCUCAAGAACGUCAACCAACAAGCUUUCCAGGGGAUGCCCAAGCUGAAGAAGGUGAGCCUCAGCCACAACGAGCUGGCCACCAUACCCAACGGUGUCUUCAAGAACAAGCGUGAAGUGAGAGCCCUCGACCUUUCCCACAACAAGUUUACCAAACUGGAUCUCGCAUACUUCCAGGACCUGAGUCAGCUGACGUACUGCAACAUGUCCCACAACCAGAUCAACAACUUCGGCAGGAAUCCCUUCGCCAGGAAUAAUGUGCUGGGUUGGCUCAGCCUCGCCCACAACCGCCUGGCCAGGAUCGACGCUCAGACCUUCAGGUCCAUGAGGUUCCUCCGGCGGCUCUACCUCAACGACAACCUCAUCAACAAUGUGGGUCGCGCCGCCUUCAGUAACAUGCGGCGUAUAGGAACCAUCGACCUCUCGCGCAACAAGCUCAAGCAGGUCGACACCAAGAUAUUUGAUGAUUUCCAGUACUGUGAACUUAUCAAUUUAGCAGAGAAUGAAAUAACCACAAUUCAGAAAAAUGCUUUUGUUAGUCUUUUUUUGGUGGCUAUCAACAUAAGCCACAACCAGAUCACAACAUUCGAGAAAGAAGCGUUCGUUAACACUAACAAUAUUACAGUGCUCGAUCUCUCUUACAACAAUAUAUCAGAAAUACCCAAAGAAGCCUUUUCGGGUACGAACAGUUAUAUGACCGACCUGCGAUUACAGUUUAACAAUAUAACCGAUCUUUCUCAUGUAACUUUGCAGUUCUCUGGAAUAAAAAUUCUUAAUGUAUCAUAUAACAGAAUUGAAACAAUUCCAAGACGAACAUUUCCUGAGCUGUUUGAACUGCAUACCAUCGACGCAAGCCAUAACCAGAUCCAUACCAUCGGCAGGAGUGUGUUUGCCGGCCUCUUCUCCAUUAGAAACAUGAACUUCAGUUACAACAAUAUGGACACGCUCUUCGGUAGCAUCUUCGGGUCCCUCCCGACCCUCCUCAGCUUAGACAUGUCACAUAACCGUCUCAGCAAGGUCUCUCGAGGCAUCUUCGCAAGUCUGGUGUCACUGCGAGAACUGUGGGUUAACAAUAACGCCAUCUCUAGUGUGUUCCUCAUCCCACAAUCACUCAACUACCUCUACCUGCAGCACAACAACAUCUCCAGUAUCCGUCCUGGCCUCACCUGGCCUCUGAUGAAUGCUCUCCUUUAUCUAGACUUGGACCACAAUCAUCUAGGAGACUCUAUGGGAGGGGGUACCUUCCAGAAUCUUAACUCACUCCGUUCUCUUAGUCUCAACAACAACUCCAUAACGGAACCACCAUGGCAAGCGUUUAGUGAGAUGCAGACUUUGCAAUACCUGAAUCUUGAUUACAACAACAUCACUAACCUCACGAGAGGGGCGUUUGGUCGUCUCCCAGUUGUGUUCAGACUCAAUCUGGCUUACAAUGGUAUGACUAACAUCAGCAAACAAUCAUUUGAAGGGCUUCUGCAGCUACUCACCCUGAACCUCUCGCAUAAUGCCCUUCAUCAUAUCCCCAACGAGGCAUUCAGAGGUUGUGUAUCAAUGCAAAGUAUAGAUUUAUCCCAUAAUUUCCUUAAAAAAAUUGACAAUGAAACUAAUGGGCUAUUUGACGACUUGUUGUCAAUCCGGCACAUCAAUGUUUCACACAAUCUCUUCGGCACUGUGUCCAAGAAGAUGUUUCCAUACCACAAGUGGAUCCCAUACAACGUGCAGUCGGUGGACAUGAGUUACAACCUCAUGCCCGUCCUCCACAAGAACCUACUUAUUGGCUUACAGAAGGUUAAACGACUUAAUAUCUCCCAUAAUCUCCUCAAUGAAAUACGACCCAACGUUAUUGGCAAUCUGACGAAACUUGAGGUCCUGGAUUUAUCUUCCAACGACCUGGAGGCCCUUAGUAACACCGUGUUUGGACGAGGAAAGUCCUUACGGGAGGUGUACCUCCAGAACAAUAGCCUCAUCUCCGUCCCAGCUCACAUUUUCAUGUCUAACGAGAACCUCACCUACCUCGACCUCUCUGAUAACAACCUCAAUCAUUACUACGAAGAUUUUGUACCUAGAGCCAUCAAUGGAACGACCAUAAGGUACACCAACAACCCCGUGGUGUGUGACUGCUCGCUGCGUCGAGUGCGGGCGUGGUUGGACACGUGGCUGGGGUCUGGGAGGUGGCGGGACGUGGUGUGCGGCGCCCCGCUGCACCUGGCGGGCCGCCCGCUGCCCGCCGUCAGCGAGGAGGAGCUCCGGUGUUCAGACGAGCGUCGCGCUCUUGAUCAAUACCAGGUGAACCCGGAUGUGAGGUUCCGACUACUUGGGGAGAACCCCGACGAGCUGGAGCAUCUGGAUGUGUCGUGGUACGUGACGACGAGGGAGGAUGUAGGGGGCUUUAAAGUCAUGGUGUACAACAUCAGCUCGGGCAAAGAGGUGGUCCAACGCCCCUACCCCUACACGGCCCGGCGGGGCAUGUUCUCAGACGUGCCGCGGGGCAGGUACAGAGUGUGUGUGGGAGUGUCAGACUCAACGAAUGGGACGCGAGCUCUCCAACCUUCCCAGUGCCAGGGAUUCUACGUCAGUCACGCCCACACGCCCACGCCCACUUCCUUCCUUCUCCUUGCCACCCUCGUGCUCCUCCUAGGAUUUAGGUGACUUUCGCUCGAGGCUACUAUAAUUGAUUGUUAUAAUUAUGCUGUACAAACUGUUGCUUAUAGUUCUCUAGUACGAGGGCUUCAACUACAAAGUAUGUCAAGAUAUUCCUAUGAGAAUAAUGACAAUCAUUAAGUUAAAUAAUGUGAACCUCUUGAUUGUGUUUUCCAGUAAGACGUACGAUGACUUGUUUCAUGAACAUAAUAACUAUAGCAUUUGUGUAAGGUAAAUUGAAUAUAAUUAUAAUACCUCGAGUAUGAUCAAAUGCAAAUCCACAUUAUCACGAGUAAUAAUAUUUAAUUCACUUGGGCACUCAGAGAUUCAAGCUUGAGCCUUAAAUAUAAAAGACCAUCACCCUAGCUCCAGGCCAUGAUGCUUCAAAUGAGGUUUAGUCACAGUUGAGUACCCCUUAUAUAUGUACUUCUGAAACCUUUGUUGACCAGACCACACACUAGAAGUUGAAGGGACGACGACGUUUCGGUCCGUCCUGGACCAUUCUCAAUCGACUUGAGAAUGGUCCAGGACGGACCGAAACGUCGUCGUCCUUUCAACUUCUAGUGUGUGGUCUGGUCAACAUACUUCAGCCACGUUAUUGUGACUCAUCGCCUGCUUCUGAAACCUUUCCUUAUUGUGAGCAUCCUGGGUUGUGGCUACAGUGCCUUGUUUCUUAUUUUUCUGACCAGAGUUCGAAUUUUCAAGGGUUCAAAUAAAAACUGAAAGGUAUUCCACUAUUGUCCAACAUGUUUUAUAACCCGUGCCUGACUCAGUCUGGUGACCCGAGGUGACCAGUGGUUGGCUGCUCUCUACACUAUACGAACUGAAACUUGAAGUAAAGUAAGAGUUUCAGAGUAGAGUUCCCACAUGUGGGCUCUAUUGACUAUAGCAGCUGAUAAUCACAAUGUUUACAUUCAUACCAUUGUGAUUAUCAGUCCAUAUAUUCAGUACUGUAUUUCUCUUCUUAAUUUAUAAUGUGUGCAAUAAAACUGUUUCAUAUGAGUAUACCUUGAUGUAUUAGACUGGCGUCACUAAUCUGUAAAUAUACUGCAUAAUUUUAUGUAGUAAUCGUGUAUAUAUUAUUAUGUCCUCAUGUUCAUAUUAUCUCUCGUGCUGUAUAAUACUAAAAAUAAAUCAUUGUGUUACAAAA